CAUCCCUGCCCUGCUGGCCACCAGGAGCGGCUGUGAGUCUGUGGGUGUGGCAGCAGUGGCCUGUGGGAAGCCAUAGGGCCCUUUCACAGGCCCAGCCUUCACUAUGGCGGGAGGGAGACCUCAGCUGAAGAGGAGCUUCUCCAUUAUUCCCUGCUUUGUCUUCGUGGAGUCGGUGCUGCUGGGCAUCGUGGUCCUGCUUGCUUACCGCCUGGAGUUCACGGACACCUUCCCUGUGCACACCCAGGGCUUCUUCUGCUAUGACAGUACAUACGCCAAGCCCUACCCGGGACCUGAGGCUGCCAGCAGAGUGCCUCCGGCACUGGUCUAUGCGCUGGUCACUGCUGGGCCCACACUUACAAUCCUGCUGGGGGAGCUGGCGCGUGCCUUUUUCCCCACACCGCCCUCAGCCAUCCCUAUCAUUGGGGAGAGCACCAUCGUGUCCGGGGCCUGCUGCCGCUUUAGCCCCCCGCUGCGGAGGCUGGUCCGCUUUCUGGGGGUCUACUCUUUCGGCCUCUUCACCACAACCAUCUUCGCCAAUGCGGGGCAGGUGGUGACCGGCAACCCCACGCCGCACUUCCUGUCCGUGUGCCGCCCCAACUACACGGCCCUGGGCUGCCUGCCACCGUCACCGGACCGGCCAGGGCCCGACCGUUUCGUCACUGACCAAGGCGCCUGUGCCGGCAGCCCCAGCCUGGUGGCCGCAGCGCGCCGAGCUUUCCCUUGCAAGGACGCUGCCCUUUGCGCCUACGCCGUCACCUACACGGCGAUGUACGUGACACUUGUGUUCCGUGUGAAGGGCUCCCGCCUGGUCAAACCCUCACUCUGCCUGGCCCUGCUGUGCCCCGCCUUCCUGGUGGGCGUGGUCCGCGUGGCUGAAUAUCGCAACCACUGGUCCGACGUGCUGGCCGGCUUCCUGACCGGGGCGGCGAUCGCCACCUUUCUGGUCACCUGUGUCGUGCACAACUUCCAGAGCCGGCCACCCUCUGGCCGAAGGCUCUCUCCUUGGGAGGACCUGAGCCAAGCCCCCACCAUGGAUAGCCCCCUCGAAAAGUUAAGUGUGGCCCAGGAACCUGAGGCCUGCAGGCCGCAUUCGACACCGGCACGGCUCACCCCAUCCAAGCCGCAGAACUGCGCCCGCCGUGGCCACCUGAUUCCCAGCUGCGUGUCGUCCAGGGCUCCAGCCAUGUGUUCGUCGCCCCGUGUGCCCCGCCCUCGAUUGAGGUCUGAGCCGACGCCCCUGCCUCUGCCCCUGCCCCUGCCAGCGCCAACCCCCAGCCAGGGCCCCUCCCCCUCCUCCCCUGGGCCUGGGGGGCCAGGUGGGGGGGGUGGCCGUGGCCGGAAGCUGCUGCUGCCCACGCCCCUGCUGCGGGACCUGUAUACCCUUAGCGGACUCUAUCCCUCCCCCUUCCACCGGGACAACUUCAGCCCUUAUCUAUUUGCCAGCCGUGACCACCUGCUGUGAGGCCUGACACCCACCCAGAAUCUACCCGGUCCCCAUUUCUCCCUGCCACAUGUGUGUGCGUGUGUUGUGUGAGUGCCAAAGCCCCUGUCCCCAAACCAGCCAGGCCCAGACAUCAGAGGAUGACUGGAAGGACAUCUGAGGAACCCCCUGCCUCUCUUGCCCAAUGGGACAUCUUCCAAGUGGGCAAAAUUGGGUGGGGGGUUCUUGCCUCCUAGGAUUGACCUUUUAAGGGCCAAAGCCCCCCCCCCCGGCCAUUGCUUAGCCAGUGGGGCCCCCCCAGUUCUCAGAAUUUUAACCAAAAGGAGUUUACUCCAGCCAAUAGUAGCCUCCCCAUUACUUCUUAGACUCCUCAGGCAAGUGGGCAACUCCAGCCAGUGUUCAGCGUUUGAACAACCAAUAAGGGUCCUUGGUUCUCAGAAUUUUUAGGGUGGGUGGGUAUGAUUCCAGUCAAUGGGGGACCACCCAUGUCUAAGCAUAUACAAAGGAGAGGAGGGAGAUGGGGUCAUCCUUUGUCAUUGGGUACUCUCUCCUCAGAAUCAGAGUCCAGUUGGAGGGUAGGGGGCAGGCUCCCCCAUGGCAAGGUCCUUGGGGUGCCCCUUCUCCUCUCUGCCCCUCCCCCACAUGCAAUCUCUCACCCAGUCCUCUUGACUCCUUACUUAUGCAGGGCUUGCCCCAGUUCAGAGGUUUUGGGUUUCAGGGUGCUGUCUCCCCUUCUCUGUGCCCAGGCCACCUCAAAUCCUUCUGUUAUUUAUUAGGGCUGUGGGAAAGGACUUUUUUUCCCCUUAGAACCCACCCCUGUUCUUCACACUGCCACCUAUGCCUCAGCCUCAUACAGUUGUGCCAUCACAGAGGCAUGGGUGGAGCAGAGAGGGUUCUCCACCCUAGGCAGCCAAAGGCUGUGGGCAGGGGAGACACUGCCCCCCCCUUUCCUGCCCGCUCCUCAUCUUUAAUAAAGACCUGUUUGUAACAGAA